AUGUCCAAAGUUCGAGCAAUAUGGCAAGCUUCUUUAACUGCCACUAAAAGAGCUCUUUCGUGGAAUGUUGAUGACAUGUUUCCUCCUAGUGAGAGAUUUAUAUACAACUUUAAUUCCAAAGAAGAGCUUAAAAAAUGGCAUUUAUAUUCAGAUUCUGAAUAUGGAGGUUUAUCAGCAGCAGCAUUGGAGAUCACUGAUCCUGGAAAUGAACAGAGUGGUGGCACUGGAGUAUUUUCUGGGAAUCUUUCUCUGGAUGUUACCGAUAGUACAAAAUGGAAUAUUAGCCGGAGUGGAUUCUGUGGAAUGAGGUCUAAAAAGUUUGAUGGGUUUAUCGAUUUAGACCCUUAUGAUACCAUAGCACUAAAAAUUAGAGGAGAUGGGAGGAGUUAUAUAUCCACUAUUUAUACCGAAAAUUGGGUGAAUUCGCCUGGACAAAUGGAAGAUAAUUCAUGGCAAGCUUUUGUGUCUGUGCCUAAACACAAUUGGGUUGUUGCAAAGAUUCCAUUGGCGCAUUACCUUCCAACAUGGAGAGGUAAUGUAAUUGAGGUGGAUAUAGAAAUGAAUCCAUCAAGAGUUGUUGGAAUGUCAUUCUCUGUCAAUGCUGAAGGUGGUGUACCUGGUGCUCAAACUGGCCCAGGUGAUUUCAGAUUGGAAAUAGAUUGGAUCAAAGCCUUGAGAACACAAUGA